GUUUUACGUAAUUCUGGAAAUCAGCUCUGAAAGUAGUAAUUUUUUUCUAAGAGGUAGGGAAGGAAUUGGUUUUUUGCAUGGACUGUGGUCAGAUCUUAAAUGUGGAGUUGAUCGGUUGCUUUUUCUUAUCUCUGGUGGGAUAGCCCACUUUUAAAGACUUCUGACUGGUUCCCACCUUAUUUAGUUGUCUUUUUUUUUUUUUUUUUUUAAGUGUUUUCUGAGCUGUAAGCAUGUUUGCCAUUUCCAAGUAAUUUUAACAUUUACCUUGUUGCAUUUUAAAUUACGGCAUUUUUCUGUUUUGCAGAGGUUCUCUAGAAGAUACCGCAGGGGGAAAGCUCAUCUUAAAACAUGUGCUGUAUUUAACUCUCAAUAGAGUUUAGCCUGUUAGAUUGGGUUUACUGAUCUAUUUUAGCAGAAAUUUCCAGUCAGCUAUCGGCAUUUUCCUUUGAAAUACAAACUAUUCCCCGUCAAUUUACAACUUUAGAAAAAGUCUCUUUAGUCUUAAGGUAGGAAAUGAUGUGGAGUUCCAAGAUGGUGCUAACCCAGCACAUUGAAAAGAAUGAGAACAUUUGGGAUGAUUAGGGAGAGCAGUUCCUGAUGAGGAACUAGAACGUGUAGUGAAAGAAAACACAGUCUAAUAUUUUUUUGCCUCUGUCACCAAGCAAAGUAGGUUCCUUGGGUUUUCUUUCUUUGGCUGAGUUUCAGCAUAGCUAAUAUUUUACCUGAUAGGAUAAGUUACCUUUAAUAGGAUGUCUGUCUUAAGAUAGUGUUCUUACACCUAUGUAACUACAUUGGCUCCAGUUGGGCUCAUUUCUGUGAGUUUCCUUUGUGUCUUUUGUAGCAUAAUUUUUAGUUAUAAUUCUUUCUUGUCUGCCACACCAUUUUCCCAUUAAUGAGGAUUUCUUUGAGCACUAAAAUGUGAGAAAGGAUAAUGCCUUUUUUUUUUCCAAUCAGGUAAAGGCUGCAAACAGAAAAGUCAGAAUACUGUUGUUGAUUUUGUGAAUAGAAUGGUAUUAUCACAUGCCCCUGAAACAACCAGAGAAAUUGGUGAACUCAGAAAUCCCACUUCCUCCAACAUCCCAGAUUCCAGGUUUGAGUGACCUUGCAGAACCUCACAAUGAAAAAAUGUUUGGGGGCCGCAGGAAGUGGAUCAAAGAUACUGAUUCAGAAUAUGUAAAGCUGGCAAAGCAAGGAGGCCAACCUGACUUAUUGAAGCACUACACUCCUGUUACAAGGAAGUCAUCUCCAGUAGCAUAUGCUGCACCUGACUGGUACUCACACCGCUCUAAUCCCCCAACAACCAAUGAGCCGCAGAACUAUGUUUCCAUGAUACCAGAUUAUAUGAUUCAUGAAGAGUUUAAGGGUGGUGAUCAUCAUAGUAAUAACUAUGAGACAAGAAGAGCGCCAUUUGAUUUUGAUAUGAAAAGUGUUUGGGAAAGGGAUGCUGAGGACAAAGAGAACAUAGAGAAAAAAAAGGUAAAGCUUCCGGCUAUAAACCCUAAAUAUCCAAGCAGAAUGCAGAAUGUUUCUACAAACAAGGAAUUCAGUGGGAAAAAUAAGCUUACCUUUCCACCUAUGCCUGCUCAGAGAAAUGGUGAAGCAGUAAACUUCAGCAAAUUAAUCAGCAAUGGUUAUGGGGCUGACUGGAUUCAGCAGCGCACGGAAAGGGAAAAAAAGGCUCAACAAAUAUCAGAAAGUAGUGAGCAGUCCAAAGAGCCUCUUUCUCCAGAUUCAGAGCCAUCACAGCCUGAAACAGCACCUGCAAGCAACAAGUGAAAGCCACAGCUUCAGGAAUGUAAUAAAUAGCUUAAAAGACUAUUGGGAAAAGGAAAACAUUAUAUGGUUUAUCAUAAAGUCCACUGUUUAUAUGCUAGAUUACAUUUGUCUGAUUAGAUUACAUUUCUAGUUAAACUGCUCCCUUGUUGAGUACUUCAUUUGGUUUAUACUGUAGAUGAACUUCAUUGUGCUUGAUUACAGCAAGUUGUAAAGCAUAGGCAACAGCUGACAGCGUGGAUACUUAGACCUUUUCUUAAUAUAGUUUAAAGAAGCAAAACUGAAGUUCUCUCCUGCACAAGACUACUGCUCCUUUGCUAUUGUCAAAUAGGAUUACCCUUUUGCUGCUGAUCUUGACUAUACAUGAGUACUGUAUCAGUGCAGUUAAAGAAAGAAACUUGCUGGUUUGGAUACGAUUAUACUCAUGACCUAUAUCUUAAUGGAAGGUGAAGUGAAACUGUAUGGUAUGGGACUAACUGUCAAUAGAAACAAUUGAACUGAUAGGGCUACUUGGGGUAGAAAAGUCAACCCUUCACUGGAAAGAUGGUAUCUUGGUCCCCAAAGCAAAUUUAGACCAGAUAUUCAGCUUUCUUACAUGAUUCUGUCACCACACCUGCUGCAUAAGGACUGGUCAUAGUGUUCAGAAUUAAAUUAGUGGAUAUCAAUUAUUUUGAUAUUCUGAAAGUUAGAUACUGACAUUUUAAUGUUUAUUCUUUUAUCUGUUUGAAUGAGGAAUUAUCCCUGAAAUCUUGUGAAAAUAGAAAUAUUUUAUCAUAAAGCUUGUUAGAACAUGGAUGAAUUCUAGUAAGAUUUUUUUGCUUAUACUCUAACAAGUGAAAUUUUUGAUAAAUGAAAUUGGUAAUUUGGCUAUUUUCCUUUUCAGAGUGCACUCUCAAUACAUUCUACACCUUUGAAUCCAGAGCUGAAGAUUUUAAUGUAUUACUGAACCUACACCUCUACAAACAGAAUGUUUAGAGAGUUUGGUUAAGCAAUACUUUUCAUUAAAACAUUGCUACGAAAAUUGAUUGGAAAUAUAUAAACCUAUUGAUAAUCCUAAGCCCCUAAAAUUUCAGUGAAAGCUGGUGGGAGUUUUACUGUUGAUUUCAGAGGAGCCAGCAUCUGAGUCUGUCUUUGCCAUUCAUUUUAACCAACAAUUCAGGCAUCUAAGUUGCAUUUACAAAAAUAAAGGGCUAAAACAUA